UUACAAAGUUUCGCUUUCGAAGACGGACAUCCGGUUGGUCAGUUAACCCAUUUUAGGAUAGAUCAAGCAACCAGAAAAUCAAGCUUAAUAACUCCGAACAAGUAGGUUCAAGGAAUACGUGAACUCACCAAAACUGUCGUUGGCUAAAUGGAUGGAGGAAAAUCAGUCUGAUAUGCUUGACACAGUCGAAUCAAAUUCAAAAUGGCUGCAUCGUACACCGUUCUAAGCAAAUUUCAAAUAUUUAUAACCCAGAUCGGAUUAGAACUCACAAGUUUGGAUAUAAAGAUCUUAAAAAGCUUAAUUAGAGAUCUUUUGCCGCCAAGAGUGCUGGAAGAUAUCGAUAUAAAGGAACAACUGCCAGGUCUGGAUUUGUUCGCAAGACUACAAGAAUAUUGUUGGGUGUCUCAAAACAAUCUUGGGCUGUUAAAACAGGUUCUUGAAAUUGCUGGAAGAGUAGAUUUAGUCAAGAGAAUCGAAAGUUUUGAGAAGACAGUUACUGAAUUAAUAGAUGCUCCGCAGUCGCUAAUGGAGGUACUUCCAGCACCAAAUACUGUUUUCCUUCGUUUACUCCUGUGUGAUCCGAAGAGGUCAGAAGAACUCACACAAAAGACUAAUUCAUUGAGAGAGGCAAUCUGCAAGAAAUUAGAGUUGGAGCUCAAAGAUGUGGCUUUCAUCACAAAGGAAGAUGCUAGCCAUCAAGAUUGUGUAUUCAUUCUAUUCCAAUUCCCAAAUCUGGAACCCAAGAUUAUGGAACUGAAUUGUGAUGCUUUGAACAGAGCUGACUGGUUGGUGAGUCUUGGGGUUCUUCAGCUACAGAUUGGUGGCAAGGCGUCUAUUAACAUCAAGGAAAAUUUGCAGGAUAUAAGGCCAAUCCCAAAGAGGCAGACUAGUGUUUUGGCUGUGAAUUCAAGCUUUGCUGUCCACAAAGAUAAUGUCUUGGAUGUAAUUCUUGGUAUAGAACUUUCAUUCCUUGUCAAUGAAGGAGUUAGCAGCCAACUGCUUUCACAAUGUCAGUCAGCACUCAACAUAAUCAGUCAACUUCAAUCAUCUUUUGAUGAUGGUGGUCCUGAUAUGAAGGCUGGCGUAGUAACCUAUGGCAACCAUUCCAAUACACAACAACCAAUAGCAUUUGUUACAAAAGGCCUUUCAAAGGAUUUUGAUAUUAUGAAAAAUGAAAGGCAAUAUUUAGGCGGAAAGGAAUGUUCUGGAAUGGGAGAUGCUGUAAAGAAGGUUGUGGAGUUAACAGAUGAUGUUCGUAAAGAGGCUUCUAAAGUAUGCAUCAUGUUUACUUUUUUGAACCCAAAGUCAUAUGACCCCAAAUACUACAGAUGUUCCCAUGACAACGAUAUCAUAAAGCAGUGUUAUGCCUUGGCUAGAAGUGGAAUUACAUUGUACAUUAUUGGAAUCAACACAGCACAGCUAUCAUCAAAGGGGGAGAAUCAUUUCUUGCCUGGUGUUGCAGCUCUUGGUGGUGGGUUUUACCUUGAAGUAGAUGAUCUCGGCUCUUUGGAUAAGAUAAUAACAUGCAUCAUUAAGCACGAUGUAUCCAUUGAAAACCGAGGAAAAGUUGCUUGUAAGGCGCUUAUUGAUGAAAUCAACCGCAAAUAUGGUAUAGUUAAUAUCAACCACCUCGCGAGGUACCUUAAACAGAACUUGAACCAAAAAGCCAUUGGGAUUGAUGGCAUUCGACAAAAUGGCGAAAUCCUGGUGGCGCCUAUCUCGCAGAUAUCUCAAAGAGUAGCAGUAGCUAACGAUCUUGAAGAUGCAAUCGAUACUGUUCAAGCUAUGACUGUACGAUUGAAGGCUAAUGCAAUUCAUGAACGCAGUCAAGCCAAUCUACGAUUAUGUGGCUCCCGAAAAAGACCGGCCAUUCCAAGCGAAGCUCUUGCAAGCCUGGAUUCCAUUGAGACAGCCGAAAGGGAUCUCUUCAAAAAAAAGAGUGACAUAUCCGUUGAGAAUUUGUGUGAAAAAUAUGGCGGAAAUGACGUGUGCUUGGUUGAAAAUGAACCAAUUGACUUGGAAGUCGCUUCAAGGAUGGUGAGACGCCAUGUACAUAGACUUGAGUAUCAGAAGAUCAAUGAAGAAGAAGAUAUGGAAUAAGAUAUCAUGCCAGAACAAGCAAACAUCGAAACGACACGUGAAAUAAAAACGAUCACGGAAUAGACGGAAAAUUAAAGUUAUUCAGUAAAAAGUAGAGACAAAAACGGUUGUGCGCUGAUUAUAAACUUUCCAAUCCAGUUUUGUCUAAGAAUGAAAUAGUUUUAAACUGCACUUCUUUGAUAGAAAUAUAGACGAACAAUAUUUAACUAAGCUUAGUAUAAGCUUAAAUAAUAGAAAACAAAAAGAUGUAAGCUUAAGUUAGUAUAGGUAAUAGGACUACAUGCUAUCCAAUUUGAAAAUAAUUGGAUGAAAAAAAUUCCGAGGACUGACAAAAUUGGAGAGGCCGAUAGGCCAAGUCCAAUUUGGUAGUCAGAAGAUUUUUUUGAAUUCAAUUAUUUCCAAAUCGGAUAGGCAUGUAGUCCUAUUGCAGAUUAAUUAUAUCAUCCCAAACUAUAGGACUGAUUCCAUAAGCCAAAGUUUUGCCUCGAAAGAAUGCGAAUGGAAACGAUCCAAAUUAAUCUUUAAUUUGGGCAGGAAAGAGAAUUUGAAAAUAAUACAAUUGUUGCUUAUAUGGGAUUUAUAUGGGAUUUAUAUAGAGUGAUAAUACGAUUGAGAUUGAAAAAAAAAAUAAUUUGAAACAUAAAAAGUUUAGUAAAAUAGUGGAAAACAUACCUUAAAUGUAACCUGAAAUUCGUCGAAAGGUCUUCGUUGUAAUAUCCAAAUAAAUAAGAUAGAUUUUAACGUUUUUCUCGAGGAAAAAUAUUGAAGAAACCUAAAUAAUUUUAGACAUGAAUAAAGUUUGGGAAAAAAUAUGUUUUUGUUUUCCCGCGCUUCUUCAUGAACGCGCGCGCGUGAUUUUCCCGCCAAGUUUCCACCCCGUAGGGGUAGGGGUGGGAAGAGGCUGUACUUACGCUAAUUAUAUACUAAAAUAUUUUUAUUUUUUGGAGACACCCUUUUAAGUUAUACAGUUGUUAUAUUUUCGUUUUUUUAAAGAUUUUCCUAUUUUCUAAUAAACCUUCAUUUUAGGAUAA